CUCAUAGAUUUCAUUCUGCUACAGCUGGUGGUUGAGCAUUUCUGCCUGGGAUGGCGGAGGAUCAGGAGCUGACUCAGCCACACAAAGCUCAACUGGAGCCCUCCCUUCAGCAGCGCACCAGCAACACGUACCGUAGUGCAGAGCACUCCCAGGCCCUGCUCAGUGGCUUGGUAUCUCUCCGAGACAGCAGCAUCCUCUUCGAUGUAGUUCUGAUAGUGGAAGAGAAACCUAUUGAGGCCCAUCGCAUUCUCCUCGCUGCAUCCUGUGACUAUUUCAGAGGAAUGUUUGCAGGAGGACUGAGAGAGAUGGAACAAGAAGAAGUUCAUAUUCAUGGCAUCUCCUACAAUGCAAUGUGUAAAAUCUUGAACUUCAUUUACACUUCUGAGCUGGAACUCAGUGUGAACAGUGUACAGGAAACCUUAGCUGCAGCCUGUCAGCUUCAGAUUCCAGAAGUUAUCAAGUUCUGUUGUGAUUUUCUCAUGUCCUGGGUAGAUGAAGAGAACAUCCUUGAUGUAUACAAACUAGCUGACCAUUAUGACUUGAGACAUUUGAGUGAACAGCUGGACUCCUACAUUUUGAAGAACUUCACAGCUUUCUCACGGACACAAGUGUAUCGACAACUACCCUUGCAGAAGGUCUACUCCCUUCUCAGCAGCAACCGUUUGGAAGUUAACUAUGAGUUUGAAGUUUAUGAUGGAGCACUUUUUUAUCAUUAUUCUCCAGAGCAAGUGGAGACAGAUCAGGUCUCCCUGAUGGAGCCCCUUAAGCUACUUGAGACAGUUCGUUUUCCUCUGAUGGAACCCCAGAUCCUGCAAAGGCUUCAUGACAAAUUAAGUCCAUGUCCUUUAAAAGAUACAGUCGCAGAUGCAUUGAUGUACCACAAGAAUGAAUGUCUUCAGCCAAUGCUUCAGAGCUCCCAGACACAGCUGAGAUCAGAGUUCCAGUGUGUAGUGGGAUUUGGAGGGAUGCAUUCUACUCCAUCCAUUGUCCUCAGUGAUCAAGCCAAGUAUCUGAACCCCUUGUUGGGAGAGUGGAGGCACUUCACAGCUGCACUAGCCCCCAGAAUGUCCAACCAGGGGAUUGCUGUUCUCAAUAAUUUUGUAUAUUUAAUUGGUGGAGACAACAAUGUAAGUGGUUUUCGAGCAGAGUCAAGGUGUUGGAGGUAUGACCCACGACACAACAAAUGGUUCCAGAUACAGUCCCUCCAGCAAGAACAUGCUGACCUCAGUGUGUGUGUUGUGGACAACUACAUAUAUGCCGUCGCAGGCCGAGAUUACCAUGAAGACCUGAGGGAAGUGGAGAGGUACGACCCUAAAAGCAACACCUGGGAAUAUGUGACACCUCUGAAGAAGGAGGUAUAUGCACAUGCUGGAGCAGCACUGGAUGGGAAGAUGUAUAUUACCUGUGGGAGGAGAGGAGAAGACUACUUGAAGGAGUUACAAUGCUAUGACCCAAAGACUGACCGCUGGGAAGUUUUAGCAGAUGGUCCAGUGAGACGUGCUUGGCAUGGGAUGGCUGCACUGCUAGGAAAGCUCUAUGUAAUUGGUGGAAGCAACAAUGAUUCUGGCUACAGAAGGGAUGUUCACCAGGUUGCCUGCUAUAGGCCAAGCACAGAUCAGUGGACAAAUGUAUGUCCACUUCCUGCGGGACACGGAGAGCCAGGUAUUGCGGUCUUAGACAACAGGAUCUAUGUCUUGGGAGGCAGAUCCCACAACAGAGGAAUCCGCAUGGACUACGUCCACAUUUAUGAUGCAGAGAGAGACUGUUGGGAGGAAGGACCCCAGUUGGAGGAUGAUAUUUCUGGGAUGGCUGCCUGUGUCCUCACUUUGCCCAGGGCUAUUUUAAUGGAAACAGAGAAGUGGUUCUCAGAAUGGCACGCAGACCGCAUGAAGUAUCACCUUGACUUUCCAUCAGAAGUUAUGAGCGUCUCAGACUGGGAGGAAUUAGACAAUUCAAGUGAAGAUUAGAAAACUUUUAAUAUUUAUUUUUUGACAGCGGAGAAGGAAAUUAAGUCUUGGAGAAAAUAUUUAGAGAUUUUAUAUGUCUUUCUUAUAUACAUAAAUCAGUAUUUAAAGGUUUGAAAAAUAAGUGUUCUGCCCAAAGAGCUGUUCACAGUCAAUAUCUGCCCAUUUGGCACUGCCCAAAAUGGCACUUACAGUCAGUAUCUGCCCACCUGCCAGAAAGCAGCAUUUUUAAAGUAACUACAGAACUGUCAUUUUCUCCCAGUUAA